GGUGUUGACACUUUGCUUCGAUGAUGUCGCGAUAACUUCCUGCUCUGGGUGCAGAAAUGUGGAAUAAUAAUUUUUGAGGGAAUCGCAGUCGGCCAGGAAUAAACGGACACAGCUUCAGUGAGGUGUGGUGCGCAUGCGCGUGUGGGUGCCAUGAAGGUAAAGGUGAUCUCCAUCCUGGAAGACAACUACAUGUACCUGGUGAUAGAGGAGCAGAGCAAACAGGCCAUAGCUGUGGAUCCUGCUGUUCCACACCGGCUGUUGGAAAUAGUGAAGAGAGAAGGUUUGACUCUGACUGCUGUUCUCACAACACACCAUCACUGGGACCAUGCUCGGGGCAACGAGGCGCUGCUGAAGGAGGUUCCCGGUCUGAAGGUGUUCGGGGGAGACGAUCGGAUCGGAGGUCUGACGGAUAAAGUGACAAACUCUCAGGAGCUGAAGUUUAGCUCCAUCAAUGUGAGGUGCCUGUUUACUCCCUGCCAUACCUCUGGUCACAUGUGCUACUUUGUUUGGGAGGAUGAGUGCACUGACGCCCCCGCUGUGUUCACAGGGGACACAUUGUUUAUCGGUGGAUGUGGACGGUUCCUGGAGGGAACAGCAGAACAGAUGUACCACAACCUGACCCAGGUGCUCGGAUCCUUACCUCAAGACACGAAGGUGUUCUGUGGACACGAGUACACCAUAAAGAACCUGAAGUUUGCCAUGCUGGUGGAGCCGGAGAAUGAAAAGGUUAAAGAGAUGCUGAGCUGGGCCAGGGCAAGAGAUGAUGAUGACAAACCCACAGUGCCAUCAACCCUAAUGGAGGAGUUUGAAUACAAUCCUUUUCUUCGCCUCUCGGAGGAAGGUGUGCAGAAGUUCACAGGAAAGACCGACCCUAUAGAGGUGCUGAGGGUCCUUCGGAAGGAGAAGGACAAAUUUAAGAAGCCCAAGGAGAGGCUUCCUCCUCAUGCCAUGCUGGCUCUGGAGUGGGGGCUGCUCCGACCCUGAGGUCCUGUUUCUGAAAUUAGGACAAACCAAGGAGGAGCAGGAGGUAAAUAACUGAAUGCAGCAAGACACAAGACUGUAGACGGAGGCGUUUGUUGCUUUAACUCAUAACUUUGACCCGUUUAAACUGCUGGAUGCCAGGUUGGUUGAGUUAUAGUUGUUAUGAAACCAUGUCUGCACAAAAAGGCCGGUUCUAUUAAAUAUUCCUAAAUUAAUAUAAAGACUGGCCUCCAGGUCUCUUAUGCACAAACUAACUGCACCAGGUAAAGUCUCCUGAUACUUACUUCCAGUAAAACUGAUGGGAUUAUAUGUAUUUAUUGCUUUAAACGAUUAGUUUUGGGAAAAUUUCUGUAUGAUUUAUUUGUAUUAUACUGUCUAAUUUUGUUUAUAGAUGUUUAUUUCUGUCUUGUAACCUUAGUAGUGUUCUCUUAUUUAACCUUUUGACUCAUUUCUGUCUACGUACAUAUCUACUGGUUGUUCUUUUUUCUUAUUAUUGCACAUGUAAAAGUGAGUUUCUCGUUUAAACUGCACCUUGUAUUCUCAGACUGGUAUCCAAUAUGUUAACUGUACCACAAAGGUAGAAAAAAACACACAGUGUACAUUACUGUGAAUGUAAAUUGCUGCUUCUCACUCCAAAGUUUACAGCCACAUUGUACAAGAGCCUUUAACUGCACUCCAGAUUAUCUAAUAAAACAUAUCAGUCUGAAUUCUGCA